CCUCUAGCGGUGUCGUGCACAGUGCUCAAGUGGUCAGCGCAGUAGGAUUUUCGUCAAACGCGCCAAUUUGCUCUCUCUCCGCGCCGAAAAGCCACUUUUCUCGAAACUUUCAGCCAUGGAAACCUACCUUCAUCAAACUAAAUCAUCAAAAAACCACACAUAAAGUGCAUCAAAAAUGUUUUUUUAUUUUAAGUGAAAGUUUUUUUUGUGUACUCAUCGAAUUCACCAAAUUUAUUUUUGAAAUGGAUUAAUCUUAAUGAUAAGAUAUGGCAGAAAGAAUGAUAAAAAGGCGUACGAAUCGCCUGAUACGAAGUGCUUCAGCUGAAAGUUCAGAGGGACCAUCAGAACCUAACAAUAUGGGUAAGUCGAUUAAAAGAAAACCGAAGAAACCAAAAGAACGAUGGUUGUUAACAAGAAAAACGUGGAGAUACAUGACUGACGCCGGAAGAAAAUUGAUUCCGGAUGGUGCUCAAAAUCGCCCGGAAGAUAUCCCAAAAAUCGAAGCUUAUUUUCAAGAAGUUUGUAGAAAAGAAGCAAAAUUUUUAUUGUGGAGAAAAAAUUCUUAUCCCGGGGCUUUAUCGUUCAAGAAAAAGCGUCGCGAACGUUUAAAAGGUGGAAGUUGUAGAAAAGCAACGUCCGCGGAUGAGGUGGACGUGGUAAAACCAGAAAGACCAACGGAUUUGGCGAUUAUGUCCACAUCUGGUGGGAGAUUUGACAUCCAUAAAAUGAAAUACGAUUUCUUAAACAAACCAUCACCAUCAAGUCCACGAACUUUCUUAAAAAAUAAAGAAACUUUUCCACCCACCCCCGAAAAAGACUACGACGAGGAACGACUCGAAGAACAAAAACAAUUAGCAAAAAUGCUCGAGCAAUAUCUAAAUCUCAACGUUCCACCAUCAACAGUAUCAACAGCUAAAUCAGAACCCAGAACGGAUCUAAACUACCAAGAACUCGUUGAUAAACUCCAAAGACACCUCACAUUAUCAUCCAGAGAUAUUCGCGUACCUUCACCCAAUUCCUCAACAACAAAUCUUAGUGGCUCAACUGAAAGGGUGCGUUUCGAUGGGGAUCACGUCCAAAAAAGUUUAUCAGAAACACUCAGUAGAUAUUACGGUCAGUACUCGAAUAGGGAUAAAUUAAUUUCUGAUUUAUUAACAAAUCGCAAAGCUUUAGAAAAAUUAUAUUUCGAUUUGAGAAAAACGAAAGGUUUUAGAAGUCGUGUUAAAGACGCAGCUUAUUCGGGGCAAAAUCAAGCUUGGAGUCCAUCGUUAUUGAAAGGUUACUCAAAUGUUGAUGGUGAAGGAAUGUCGCCAAAAAGUAGUGCUCCACCUCCAUUAAUCGAAAUUCAAAAACCAACAGUAGAAAUAACUUAUCAAAAUUUUGGAACCCAAACUCUCCCAAUAACCGAGAAUGAAUUAUCUAAAGCUGAGGAAGAAUAUAAAAAAAUUAUGGCUGAAAGAGAAGAGGAAAUUCGAGAUUCAAAACAUAGUUUUCGAAGAAGAAGUAGUGUUGAUAACGAUGAUAUCUCACAAUCGGUUAGUGAUACCAUAAAAAGAUAUCUACGUAUGGCAAGAAAGAAAAGUGUUGAUUCAGAUAAAGUUGAUCGAUUUAAAAGGGUCAAUUAUGAUCGUAAUUUAAGAAAUAUCAAAGCUAAAGGAGAAAUCACCAAACCCGGCGAUGAUGAUGGUUUAAAUAAAGGUUGUCAAACAGUUGAAGAAUGGAUCGUAAAUUAUCGCGAUUUAAAAUUUGAUGAUUAUCCGGUUUCCGAAUGCGAAUCUCGCGGGUCUAGCUGUCGAAGUAGCAUCGAUAUCGGUGUGAUCGUAGAUGAAAAAGCUUCUCCGACUUCCGGUCUCAUUUCAUCCGGCCAAUCAUUCUUCUCUAAUUUAUUACACGGUAAUAAACACGGUCAUGAUAAAUCUGUUUCUGCAGCGUCUGCGACUAGUGCCAUGAUGCAGAAGUCAAAGUCCAGUUCGAGCGUUCAUCAUGGGAAGCAAAGACUUGCCACGAAAAUUUUCAAAUCACGUUCCAAAAGUCAAACCAGACCGAAUGUUACUACAUCAACAUGGACACCACAGGGUUCGUGUAUUUGGAAUAGUCUAAGUGGGAAACAAGUUUUAUUAAAUGAAUCAAACUUGAUUCAUUUAACGGAAGUUGAAAGAAAAGUACUACAAAAAGUAGCCUUAGCAAAGUUACAAGCUUUAAAUUUAGGGGUGUCCGUGAAGUUACCUUCAGAUAACGUAACCACUGUUACUGCGAAACCAAAAAGGCCUUUAUUAAAAAGGGCUAGAACAACAGGCAUUUUUGAUACAAGUCGAAAAGAAAGUGACAAAGAAAAAGAUGGUAAUGCAGGUUUGGUGUUUGGAAUCCCACUAUCUCAAUGUAUCAAAAACGACCGUCAGUCAAGGUUUCAGAAUCGUGGGGGUGAAUAUUCGGGCUCAGACGAGCCGAAACUGGGUCGACAUGGUAGUAGGGCGAGUUUUAGCUCUCUGAUAGAUGCUACAAGAACGGACGAGAGGGGCUCAUUUGAAAAUUUAAUGAGCAGGGAAAGAAUCGUCGGAAGCGUUCCUGGACUUUUAGAUAAAUUAUCUUGUAGUUCGGCGACUGAUAUAGCGGCAGCUGGGUCUGAAGAGGAACCAGCUGUGCCAAACAUCCUAAACACUUGCAUCAAGCAUCUGGAGGCUCACGGGUUGAGCACUUUGGGCAUUUUUAGGGUUAGCACUUCUAAAAAAAGAAUUCGACAGCUUCGCGAAGAUUUUGAUACAGGAAAAGAAACCACUUUGGAUAAAGAUCAAUGUCCUCACGAUGUCGCCACCUUAAUUAAAGAGUAUCUUAGAGAGUUACCCGAUCCUUUACUUUGUAGGGAUUUAUAUCACGCUUUCGUUCAUACACAAAAAAUACGAAAUAGAAGAUUACAAUUUGAGGCACUACAACAUUUAAUCCAAUUAUUACCACCGUCGAAUAGAGACACUCUUUUUGCUUUAUUAAAUUUUUUAUCAACAGUCGCCAAACAUGCUUCUGAUUACAAAAAUGCUUUAGGUGAAGAAGUUUCUGGAAAUAAAAUGGACGCAAACAAUUUAGCAACAGUUUUCGCACCAAACAUCCUUCAUUGUAUCAAACCGGGAGCAAAAGAAGGAACUGGUGAUAGACCGGAAGAUCGAAUGGACGUUAUAAACGUAAUAAGAACCUUAAUCGAUUACAACAAAGAACUUUUCAAUGUACCUGCCGAGUUAUUAGACGAAGUUUACGUUCACAUGAUGGAUUCGCAUCCAGAAGCUCUUGAUCAAUUGUUGGUUAAAAAAGAAGCAAGUGGUGGUGCUGAAGAGUCGUUAGAUGACUUAGAUAGUGAAAGCAUUUCAGCUUCUUGGACCAUCGGAGCUUUAAAUUCUGAUCAUUCUGAUCAUACGAUUCAAAAUCAGCACGAUGAUUAUCAAGAACCAAGAAAAAUGUAUUCAAGAGAAGAGUUUCUUCACGAAUCAGCGGCUACGGGUGGUCCAAAUAUGGGAAUGAGAAUACGACAAAGAGAUAAAUACCGGGAGAGAUCGUCGAAGAAAAAACGAGAUGAAUCAGCAGUUCGAAGAAGACGUGAAGAUGAGGCUAAAAUAAAAGGAAGAUCUUCGUCUUUAGAAAGUUCUCAGGGUGAUGGACAUGAAGUGACAAGAGUUUUACGGUUGGAUGAUAAUCAGAAUAUCGAUAGAAGAAAAUCUUCGCCUUAUUCUUUGGAUAGUAGUGGAGUUAUUACCGCGAGUUUAACAAUUCCGGUUCAAACUGGGAAUCAAUCACUUUCUUUAAGCGUGGAUGAUGAUAUUCCUUACAUUGAGGACGGAACUCAAAUUUAUUCAGAUGGAAGGCAACAAAUUCCGCAAGGAAUUUUAAGAUCACCUCAGCCACCACCAAGAAGAAGACAACGAUCGAUUAGUGGAAGUGAUUCUUCAAUCGCUUCUAAUAUCCAACCUAUUACGGGCUCAAUUUCGUUAGGUCAACAAGGAUAUGAUUCAGCAGUCGGUUCUUCAGCCACCACAUUUAGUUCACCUCCACACAACACCACACCAUCCUCAACAAGCAGCAUCGCAGAUCCCGGAGCGUUAAGCUCACCACCAUCUUGGGCAUCAUCACCACCUACAUCCCCAGACAGUCAAUGUACAUCAGUUAAUUAUAUCCCAGAUGAUAUUCCCGGCAAAACAGUACGAAUUAUUCCAAUACAAAAAACGGGAGUUACUUUAAAAGAAGCUCCCGUUUUACAAAAAGUAACAUUAACCUCCACUUCGGAACUUCAACAAGUUCAAAAAGCAAAAAAUAUUGAUAUUAAACCACAAAAAGGUGGUGAUAUUCCGAAAAGCGUUAGCUCUCCUGCUUUUACCAGUGAAAAGCAACCAGAGAAAGACGCAAGGAAAUUUUCUCCGAGCAUUACAAGUAUUGGGAACGCGGUGUUAAGGUCAAAAACUGCAGAUUUUGAACGAAUCGCAAAAUCUGAUGUUAAAACGACGACCGUAACCACACAAAAAAUUACGGAGAAAAAAAGGUACACAAAAAGGAGGUAUACAGAUUCCAGGCAUCAAACGCGUCAUAUUCCUGAUGCUGAAGCUUUAGAUGCAGCUGCUGCUUCUCACAGUGGGGGUGGAUCAGCUGAAAAAACACAAACGGGGAUUUAUAAAAGGAGAGAACUGAUUUCAAGUGUCCCAUCGAAGUGAAUUUAAAAUGUGUUCAAAGACAACAUCGAGGAUUGAAAGAGAUUGUUGCUAUAAUUGUAUAGGUGUUUUUGUUGAUUGUAAUUUGUAUAUAAAUAUCUAAGCUGGAUUUAAAGAUUUUGAAAAAAAAAGCUAUGAAGGAAAUGGAGUUAUUUUUUUAGAUACUGUUGGAGACGUUAGCGUUCUUUUUUUGUUGAAAACGAUGAGGUUACCACUAAUUUUUUUCUUCUUGUUUGUAAAAUACG